ACUCCCAUCUCAAGAAAAAUAAAAAACCUGGACUUGCCAGUCCAGAAGUGAGGGUCUUUGGGAGCAAAGCGGACCCUCUGGAGAAGGAUGCUCAGCUUGUGGAUCUCUGAGGCAGUUUGGAGGUGAAAAAUGACUUCAGAUUCUCCGUUUUUUCUUCAUUCUGACCUUGGGCAAGUGACCGAACUCCUCCGAGACUUACUCUUCUCCUUGGCAACGUGGGAUUUGGAAGCUGAGGGGGCAACAUUGCAUAAGGUGGUCAGCAAAGUCCAGAACUGAAAUCCUGGGGAGCCCCAAGUGAUCUGGAGGAGCCUGGCUUGUGAAGAUCUGGAGGAAGUGCAGAGGUCCUGGGGCUCCUCCGAUGGAGCCCAGGUACCUAAGCCAACUCAAGAGAAGAUGGAAUUGAAUGCCUCAACCUCCUUAUCUGGGCCUCUGUGAUCGCCGAGGAGGGGGCUGUUGGCUGGAAAGCUGUGAGCUGCUUUGGGCCUUAUCUGGGAAUUUCCUUGGGCUUGCAGCCUUUACCCUAUCCUUGAAAUUGUUCUGGCUGGGUAGCAACAUCUAGGUGGUGUGGGUGAAAUGUGGGACUGGUUAAGGGCGGGGACAAGACCAAGAACACAAGUUUCCUUGUGCGGUGGGAGAGAGGGACGGGAGGAAAUUGGAGACCCAGGACCUGGUGUCAGUGGCGGCCCCAUGCCCAAGCUGGCUGACCGGAAGCUGUGUGCGGACCAGGAGUGCAGCCACCCGAUCUCCAUGGCUGUGGCCCUUCAGGACUACGUGGCCCCUGACUGCCGAUUCCUGAACAUUCACCAGGGUCAAGUGGUGUAUGUCUUCUCCAAGCUGAAGGGCCGUGGACGGCUCUUCUGGGGAGGCAGCGUUCAGGGAGAUUACUAUGGAGAUGCAGCCGCUCGCCUGGGCUAUUUCCCCAGUAGCAUUGUGCGAGAGGACCAGACCCUGAAACCUGCCACUGUCGAUGUGAAGACAGACAAAUGGGAUUUCUACUGCCAGUGAGCUCAGCCUACCGCUGGCCCUGCCGUUUCCCCUCCUCGGCUUUAUGCAAAUACAUCAGCCCAGUGCCAACGG